UAAUACGGACUAAAAUCACUCACUGGAAUCUAGAAGUCCAUUCCUAACUACUACUAAGAGAAGAGCAGCAAAUUACUUAAAUGGCGUCCAUCUCCUCCUCCGCUGUUGCCACCGUCAACCGGUCCACCCCUGCCCAAGCUAGCUUGGCGGCUCCAUUCACCGGUCUCAAGUCUAACGUCGCUUUCCCAGUUACCAAGAAGGCUAACAAUGACUUUUCAUCCCUCCCCAGCAACGGUGGAAGAGUGCAAUGCAUGAAGGUGUGGCCACCAAUUGGGUUGAAGAAGUACGAGACCCUUUCAUACCUACCACCAUUGUCCGACGAGGCAUUGUCUAAGGAAAUCGACUACCUUAUCCGCAACAAGUGGGUUCCUUGCUUGGAAUUCGAGUUGGAGCAUGGUUUCGUUUACCGUGAGCACCACCAUUCCCCCGGAUACUAUGAUGGACGCUACUGGACAAUGUGGAAGUUGCCUAUGUUCGGGUGCACUGACUCAGCUCAGGUCAUGAAGGAGGUUGGAGAGUGCAAGAAAGAGUACCCCAACGCCUUCAUCCGUGUUAUCGGAUUCGACAACGUUCGUCAAGUGCAGUGUAUCAGUUUCAUUGUCUCCAAGCCCCCAGGCGUUCUCUAAGCACCAAAACCAACCCUAGUUUGCACCAAGAUUGAUCAGUCUCUUCAAGACCAUAGGCUCUGUGGUUGAGUUAAACAAUGUGGAAUUGGCAUCAAAAUUGAUUGAUGUGAGGCUUUUCAAGUCCAAUGGUUCAAACUCGAAUUCAUGGUUGUUUUUUUUUGUUAUAUGAAUAAGUAAACGGGUAUUUUCUAA